AAGGUAGUAGGUAAUAAGACAAGUUUUGAUUUCUGGGCCCAGAGCCAUCUUUUUCUAUCUGGGCCUAAAAGCAGAAGUGGGCCGACCAAGUGGUGUUGUUAGUACUGGGCUGCAAUUUGCAGAGGCACCGGAAUGGUCGAGGCCGGCGGCGCAGAUCCGGCGAGCGGCGGCGGCGGAAGCUGAUGGCUCCCUUCCUCCGGUCUCCCAGUUGCUUUUCCCCCAUUUUCUCCGCUGUAUCCGCCGCUCGCCGGCGGGGAGGGAGGUCCGGAGGAAGUGAAAUGGCGGCAGUCGCAGCGGUAGCGAUGGGGGUCAAGUCGGGGAUAGUACUGCGGCGGCGGCGGCGGCGGCGGCGGUGGUGAGCGUGGCCGGCACUCGAGGAGGGCGCUCCACGGGGGCAUGCUUGCUGGGUCGGCCAUGGCCUUGGCGUCUCGCUCAAUGGGACUCCAUGGUGCGAUGUGGAGCUCUCUGUUUCUCUGAUUCAUCGCGGUAAAAUUUUCGCAGCUCAGUCCGAUCUCCUCUUUUUUUUUUCAAAAAAAUAUAUAUUCCGGUGCAUUUCUCCUCAAAUCAUGAAAUAAUGGGAUAGGGACAGUAAUCCUAGAUUAUCGAAUGGAGUAAUGGACAAACAAAUCAUGGAAGGGAACAGCAGUUUUGACUUUUGAUUCAAUGGUUUUCUUUUUUAUGUAACUCGAAUAGUUUUCUGGUAUAUCCAGAUGGAUGAGCAAGUACAGAUCCGACACCUAUACCUGCCAUAUUCAGUCUGCUCAUGUGAAAGCUGGACAUAUGAUUUUUUUUUUCUGUGAUUGCUUCCAACACCAUUGCAGUAUUACAUUAAAACUGCUUUGGUCAUAGAUGCAGAGUGUAGCAAGACAGCUCUGCCAGAAUUUUUUAUUCCGUGGCAAACGCCAUAUUUUAGGAAGUGUGUUAAAAAUAAAGACUCAUCAUUCAUCAAGGCCUCUACCGCGGGAUGCGUGGUUCAAUUUUAUAAUCGCUAUAUCGAAUUGGAGGUAAUGGAGGAACUUGGCCUAUGACAACUUGCCAGUUUCCAGAUCCCAGUGCUGCCUUCUCGGCUCAAGGUCUUGCCUAGAGUUCUCUCCAUCUGCCCGAGCUGUGGAUAAUACGCCAUGAGAAGCUGCUGAAUUCUGAAUGGGUCAAAAGCAGAGCACACAUUGUCAACACCAUUUUAACUGACACAAGAUUGUCAGGAAAUCAUAACAAGGUCCAAAUAGAUAGAUAAACAUUGCUGUGGACCGCAGCAAGGUUGCCAAGCACAAGCUGAAGCAGGGUCUGCGGUUAAUUUUGACUACACACUUUUCUGUGGGAAAACUAAAAAUGAGUCCUGGUGCUCUUAUUGCAAACUUUCUUAUCAAAUGGAAUCUGGAGAGCUAUGUCUUGCUUCGCAUCCGAGUCAUAAUGGGAAUCCUCACCAUCCUCUAUCUGAUGUUCUUCUUCUCAAGCCUUUUCUUCACCCGUAUAUACAGAUCCAUGGUGAACUUCCUGGAUCCUGUGGCUGACGCCACCCUUGUAUACAUUAUGGGGGCUAUGCAAGCUGCACCUUUAAAUAACCAGCUGUUCCCAGUCUGGGCCCUUAUACUGGUUGGUCUCCGCUCUAGCAUCCAUGGCCGCUCUAGUUCUGGAAUGUUUUUUGAGCUGAGAAAUGUGUUGAAGCUUUUAGUUGUGGCAUACAUGAAUUUAACACGUGGCUCCAAAUUGUGGCGUUUUCCAUUUUGGUUCUUUUGGGGUCUUCUGGUACUUCAGUGCUUCUACAAGAUUCUGGUGCGCCAUAUAGCAUCCAAGUCCUUGUGGAAUGGUCGUAGUUCAGAACUUCUUCAGGAGUACAUGGGUGCCAAUGGUAACAAGAGCAACUUUAAUCCUGAAAUAUGCAACCCAGAGACUAUGGAAGGAUACAAGUACUUGGUUUAUGGAGAGUUACAGAAAAGCCGAAAGAGUGCACACAUUCUAAAAGUUGAAGACUUGAAGUCCCUAGUUACCUUGGACAAGAUUUGGCGAUGUGAUAGUGCCUUGCUGCUAACCUCCAUCAACAUGCAGGGGAACAACAUGAAGGACAUGGCCCUGGCAUUUGCAUUAUCUCGGUUGCUCCGGUGUAGGCUGGAAGGAGCAACGUUGCAUGAAGCUACUGUUUCCAUGACCCGAAAGCUAAUCAGCAAGAUGAUCCUCUCAGAUAGUGCUGACAAGGUACUGUUCGGUAUCCUGGAGCUGGAUGUCAGGUUCCUCCGGGAUUCCCUCCACUCCAGUUAUCCUAUGGUCUUCUGCAGAGGGCUUCUUUCGCUCUUCUUCACUCUUCUGCUGUCUUUGGUGAAGUUUUUCAUGGCUACAUGGCUUUUUGUAGAUGUCAAUAUGGUGCAUGUCCCAAAAUCAGUACGAGACAGGCCCUCGGGCCCGUUUUAGUUAUUCGCUGCACUCAUUUGGUUACGAUUCAGGUAUCACUGCAGCAGCCAUGUACAUAGUAAUGAUUGAUGAGAUUUUUAGGAUGCUCGGGUACUUCCUAUCAAGGUGGGCAAAACUAAUAGCCAUGUGCAACUUUGUGAAUUUCAGAAACAGAUGGCUGAAAUAUGUCAUUGUGAAUACACCUGCCAGAUAUGGGGAAAGAACUAUAGUUAUACACCAGCAUGCCUUCCUGCAAACGUUCAGCUCAAGCAUCUCGGGGUGGAAAAUAUUCUCUUGUAUUUUAGAAAGAAAUCAAAAUGCAAGAAUGGUUUGGUCAGAAGGAAAAAUGAAUGACAGUAUGGCCAAGAAUGUGAAGGCAGCAGUAAUUCAAGCACUCCGCUCCAUGGAUCUCGAGGGUCAUCUUUUGUCAAGAGACCUCCCUUUGUCUCGUGUCAGUGACAGAGCAGAGCGUUAUUGGUUGGCAUGCCUUGCAGAGGUACCAACAUGCUCCCGUGUUAUUCUGGUCUGGCACAUCGCAACAAGCCUAUGUGAGAUCAAGCUUGCCAAUGACCAUAAAAUCAACUUAACAACAAUGUCAAGAUUAUCAUCGUUUCUGGUGGAUGAAAAAGCUCUUACAGGUGAGCUUCAAAAGGCAUACACAGUGUCAAAUUGCUUAUCAUGGUACUGUAUGUACCUGCUGGCUUCAAAGCCCAAACUGCUCCCAGAAACCAUUUUGAUGUCCAAGAAGGCCUUUCAAGAUGCUGUUCAGUGUGCUCAUGAAAUGCUCAGUGAUUGUCACUCCUGGCAGAGCAUAUACAACAAGCUUAUGAAAGAGGCGCAGAAAGCUCUUGUUCAAGGUACGCAUGGUCUAAAUCUGAGUGGAAACAUAUUGCAACAAGGUGCUAUACUGGCUAAUGAACUCAUCAAGAAGGAGGACCAAAAAUGUCGUUGGGAGAUCCUAUCUGAUGUGUGGGUUCACUUGCUUGUGCACAUUGCUCCCAGUUCUGACGCAGCAGCUCUUGCCGAGGACCUCAAAUCCGGUGUCGAGUUCGUAACCGUCAUCUGGGCUUUGUUUUGCCACUGUGGCAUCGAGAAGAGCAAAUUAUGGCAACAGCAGAAGAGUGCAAAUUUCAGGAACAGCACUCCUGGACCAUCUAAUCAGAGCAGUGAUGUGUCUACCCAUGUUCAGGACACAGUCAGCUCUAGUCCACCUGCUGCUCGAUCUUCAGAAAUUCAUGUAGAGGCUAGUCCUACUUCUGGUAUGUCCUGAAACCUGAAUUGCUGAUGGCUGAUGCUCUGCUCCCCUCAUGGUUUCAGUUUUGUCGGUAAAAUUUGCAUCUCAUCAUGACAUUUGAACACUAGUAUUUGUUUCUUGUGUGAAUGUUUUCUGUGUUGUGAUUGUAACAGGGGAAUGCUCUUGAUGCAAUAUUAUGUGUUAUGCACUUUUUAGAGCGCCA